AUGAUGCGUCUACGUAGCCUCGCCCGUUCAUGGGUUCUCGUAGCAUCGUCUUUAGCUGCCGACGUUGGGCAACAGGGCAGCAGCACGGGCGAUGUCGGUUCUGGACUGUAUGUUCUUGAGUCGGAUGAAGCCGAGUUAACAGCACUAGCCAACACUCUUCAGCAGGGCCAAGGUAUCAUCCGCCACAAAUACAACUCAUCCGUGUUUCGGGGUCUGGUGUUCCAAAUACCCAAUGCCACUCGUGCCGAGGAGUUUCACGCUGAGCUUCAGAAGAAGGGUUUCGCCAGGAGGACCUGGUCUGUGACGACGAGCCCGGAGCCCGCUGCCGAUGAUGAGCAGCCUGGCACCCAGCAAAAGGACGAGAGGAUACGCCGUGCCGCGAAGCGAGAAGACUCCAAAGUCCGCUGGACGCACUUGAUGACAACUAUAGACAAGCUUCAUGAGAAGGGAUAUCUGGGACACGGCGUCGGAAUAGCCGUGAUUGACGCGGGCGUAGACCAUCAGCAUCCGGCCCUGGGCGCGAGCACCGGCAUCUACGCGCUUGUUGACGAGGCGCGCGGUACCUGGGAUGCCGCCGUCCUCAACAGCGUCAUCAUAGGAACCGGCAAGCCGCAGAUCGAGAGCCCGAGCAGCUUCGUCAGCGUGGCUCAACAAGGCAGUCGUCUCGUCCGCGCCUCGGAAGCCGCGGGUGCCAUCACCCUCGUCGUCACCCCGACGAGCCUGGCCUUCAACGAUACCGCCCACCGCGUCCCUUCAGUCAGCUUUCGUAUUCAAAAUCAGGCCAAGACCACAGUCCAAUACCAACUAUCCCCCAUCUCAGCCCUGACCCUAUCCACCCUGGGUCAAGAUAAUCGCCGCGCCUCUGGCCAGGCUGUCCAAGCCCCGGCCAAGGUCCAGUUUAGCGAGAGCGGCAUCACACUCGGUCCGGGAGAGUUUGCUACCAUUGAUGUCUCCGCGUCUGAUCCCGAGGGCCUGGAUGUGAAGCGCCUACCCCUAUGGUCUGGCUGGAUUGGCAUUCAGGGCUCCGACGGCACCCGCCAGACCUUGCCGUAUCUAGGUCUUGCAGGGGCUCACCUGAAGUCGAAGUCUACGCUGCUCGCCUGUGCAUCUGCCGGGAUUCCGCGGCGGAUGCAACAGUCCCGGCGCGGCUCAACCUCACCAGAACGUGCGUCCCCACGGCUUCGUUGA